AAUCAAAUAACAUCCAAGCUCAACAAAACAAAAGGUUUAGCUAGCAAUUCUGAAUCCAGAUUGGCUCUAGCACAAAUCUAAGAUUCAAAUUCCAACUUAUGAUCCAUUUUCUGAUUACAAAACAUACUACUCCACUGCAAGUAAAAGUGCUUCGGGAAAGAAAGAUCCAUCAGAUCAUCAAGAAACUAACAUUGCUGGAGAUGAAGAAGAUCAAGUGGUGGGAGAUCUAGAACUCGAAGAUGAAAGCCACAAGGCUGAUUCUCCGACAGCGUCUGAGGUGCUUGAUGCUGAUGGUGGUUGAAACGUCCCCUACGGCCUUGGAACAGCGCGACGCCAGCAAUGGGGAGGCCGAGAGCCCCACAAUUUGUGAAGAAAGUGAUGACAAUGUGCCUACAAUUGAGUCUCCUACACUUUUAGGACAAGAUGAUGCUGACACUGUGAGUGAAGUGGAUGAUAGCACUAUUACUCCUAAUCACAGUAAGCCCGGCGAAGAUGAGGACAGAGGUGAGGGAGAGGAGGCGAAAGCACUGGAUAUGAAACUCGGAGGCGAGGCGGGAGAGGUGCAGCAGGGGGUAGGUGAGGAUGACGGAGAAGCAGCGCCAAGACUGUCUCACAGGAAGAAGGACGUGGGACUCUCCAACAACGUGAUCGAAGAGAUGACCCGUGAGCAGAGGCGGCGGAACAAAGUGAGAGCACUCGCUGGAGCGUUUGAAACCGUCAUAUCCCUGCAGGAGCAUAAGUAG